AUGGCCGAGCCCAUCAGUUUGACCGCAAGUGUGAUUGGGAUCGUUGCUUCUGCUCUCCACAGCGUCCGGCUUCUAGCAGACGAUCUAGGCAAAAUCAAGGAUGCGCCGAAGAGUAUCGCUUCCCUAAAAGAGCGCAUAGGCUUGAUAGAGGGUGGGUUUUCAACCCUGAAGAGCAUCGGUGAUCAGGAAUGGGAUGCUAUUGGGGUCGCAGAAGAUACCAAGGCGACCAUCAAGAAAUGCGGGGAGACAUGCAAGAGAUUUAGUAAGAAUAUAGAGUAUUGGACGAGGCACUCGGAUGGUGACUCUCUCACGUUACUGGAUCGUUCCAAUCUUGGCUUUUUGAAGCAGAAGCGACUUGAGUCCAUGGAGAGAGAACUUCAACACUGCCAGGGUGCUAUCACUCAGGUUGUCAGUAUAGCAACAUUGAUUAGCUCCCUUCGUCACACGAGUCUCUCAAAAGAGAUUCAAGAAGAAAAGAAGCGUGAAGUUUCAGUCGCUAUUCGAGCAACGGAGACCGAAAGUGCAAAGCUCUCUUUGCAAAAGAGAGAAAUUCGAGUGAGAGGCGCCGAGAUCGAAAGUAAGGACGAAGAGGACGAGUAUGAUACUGUAUCUCGGCAAGUCCAAGAAGAACAGAAGUCAUUAGAGCUGUCGCAAAGCUUGAUGAAAGCACUGUUGGCGACAUUGCAGGAGCCUGCCAUUUCGCAGAUUGCGACAAAGAUGCAAGUGAAACAGAAUAAGACAGUUUACAAUGUGAACUUUGGAGAGAGGAACUAUGGCUAUCAAGUGGGGGUAAACCAUGGUUCCAUCAACCAAAGUUCCAUCAAAGGCUUUCGGUCCACGGAGUAA